AUGGCUCAGCCCUUCAGAAUCCGGGCAAAGAGGAGGGUCGGAGGUGUGUUAAGGAAUCACGAGAGGAACUGGGUCUUAGGCUAUCACAUGUCCCUUCCCCUAACUACACCCACUAUGGUGGAGCUGUUGGCCCUGAAAUAUGGCUUGACCAUUGCAAAGGCUAACAAUCUUCACCCCAUUGACAUUGAAAAUAAUUCUGCUGUACUAUUAAAUAUGCUCCAAACUGAUCACCCAUUCUAUCAUAACAUCUUGACGGAGUGCAGGCAAUUAUUGGAGGAAAUGCAGCUAACAGUCCCAACAAAGGUUUACAGGGAGCAAAAUAAAGUGACAGAUGCGUUAGCGAAGGAAAGAGCUAGGACCAUGCACCUAGAACCAAGACUCUUCUGGCAAAUGCCAUCUUUUGUUAAUGAUUUUGUACAAGCAGCUAGGGAGGGUACAACCUUUAAUCGUAGAAUUAAAAAGCCAACUAUUAUCCUACCAGGUCGGGAUGUGGUCUUGAGCAAUAUUUCUUGUGGCUCCUACAAUAGCUAG